CGCGGCCGCCGGGUCCGCGCCUCCUCGUCCGCGCCCGGCGGGCCGCCCCGGCCCCUCCCCUCCCUCGCGAGCUGCGCACCGCCGGCCCGCGGACCCAGAGGCUCGCGCUCGCGCCCUUGUCCGUCCGACCCCGCGACGGGCUCCCGGCGGCCGGCAGCAUGAGCGGCGGCGGCGACGUUGUGUGCACCGGCUGGCUGAGAAAAUCGCCCCCCGAGAAGAAGUUGAGGCGCUACGCCUGGAAGAAGCGCUGGUUUAUCCUACGGAGUGGCCGGAUGAGCGGUGACCCAGAUGUUCUGGAAUACUACAAGAAUGAUCACUCCAAGAAACCCCUGCGUAUCAUCAACCUCAACUUCUGUGAGCAGGUGGAUGCAGGCCUGACCUUCAACAAGAAGGAGCUGCAGGAUAGUUUUGUGUUCGACAUCAAGACCAGUGAGCGCACCUUUUACCUGGUAGCCGAGACAGAGGAGGACAUGAAUAAGUGGGUCCACAGCAUCUGUCAGAUCUGUGGUUUCAAUCAGGCUGAGGAGAGCACAGAUUCCCUGAGAAACAUUUCUUCAGCCAGUCACGGGCCCCGCUCCUCUCCAGCUGAGCUCAGCAGCUCCAGUCAGCACCCUCUCCGAGAGCGAAAAUCCUCAGCCCCGUCGCACUCCAGCCAGCCCACCUUGUUCACAUUCGAACCACCUGGCUCAAACCACAUGCAGCCCCCAUUGUCCACCAGUGCGCCUCAGGAGUAUGUCUACCUGCACCAGUGUAUAAGCCGGAGAGCAGAAAAUGCCAGGAGUGCCAGCUUCUCUCAGGGCACCAGGGCCUCGUUCCUCAUGAGGAGUGACACAGCCGUACAGAGACUUGCCCAGGGCAAUGGACAUUGUGUCAAUGGGGUCAGUGGUCAAGUCCAUGGCUUCUAUAGCCUCCCCAAGCCAAGCAGGCACAACACAGAGUUCAGAGACAGUACCUAUGACCUUCCCCGGAGCCUGGCUUCCCAUGGCCACACCAAGAGCAGCCUCACGGGCUCUGAGACAGAUAAUGAGGAAGUGUACACAUUCAAGAUGCCCAGCAACACCCUGUGCCGGGAGUUUGGGGACCUCCUGGUGGACAACAUGGAUGUUCCGUCCACCCCACUCUCAGCCUACCAGAUCCCUAGGACAUUCACGCUGGACAAGAACCACAAUGCCCUGGCAGUGGCCACUCCUGGGGACUCGGGCAUAGCUCCCCCACCCAGACCCCCCAAGCCGAGUCAGGCAGAAACACCUCGAUGGGGCAGCCCUCAACAGAGACCUCCAGUCGGUGAGAGCAGCAGGUCAGUCUCUGCCGCGGCCACCAUCCCCAGGCGCAACACGCUCCCUGCCAUGGACAACAGCCGACUUCACCGAGCUUCUUCCUGCGAGUCCUACGAGUACCCUCAGCGUGGCGGAGAGAGUGCGGGCCGCUCUGUGGAGUCCAUGAGUGAUGGCGUCGGUUCUUUCCUGCCAGGGAAAACACUUGUAGGCCGAUCGGAUAGCAGCAAUUCUGAAGACAACUACGUGCCCAUGAAUCCAGGUUCCUCCACACUGCUGGAGCGAGCAGGUGAUAAUUCCCAGAGCGUCUACAUCCCCAUGAGCCCAGGGCCCCACCACUUCGACCCGCUUGGCUACCCCUCUAUAGCCCUUCCUAUGCACCGAGGCCCCAGCCGAGGGAGUGAGAUCCAGCCGCCCCCUGUCAACCGCAACCUCAAACCAGACCGGAAAGCAAAGCCAACACCACUCGACCUGAGAAACAACACCGUCAUUGACGAGCUCCCCUUCAAAUCCCCGGUCACCAAGUCUUGGUCUAGGGCCAUCCACACCUUCAAUCCCAGCUCUUCCCAGUACUGCCGCCCCAUCUCCACACAGAGCAUCACCAGCACGGACUCAGGAGACAGUGAAGAGAACUACGUCCCUAUGCAAAACCCAGUGUCUGCGUCGCCCAUUCCCAGUGGCACCAGCAGUCCAGCCCCCAAGAAGAGCACCGGCAGCGUCGAUUACCUGGCCCUGGACUUCCAGCCAAGCUCCCCAAGCCCCCACCGCAAGCCAUCCACGUCAUCCGUCACUUCCGACGAGAAGGUGGACUACGUUCAGGUGGACAAGGAGAAGACCCAGGCCCUGCAGAGCACCAUGCAGGAGUGGACGGACGUGCGGCAGUCCUCGGAACCUUCCAAGGGUGCCAAGCUGUGACCAAGCCACCGAGCCUGGAGAGGAGCCUGCGGCACCAGAGCUGGCUCCUCCCUGUCUCCCCUCCCACCCCACCCCCACUCUGCCACUCUGGCCUUCAACACACUUGACAUCAGGGACCCUGAACCCUUUCCCUGGGAGGCGAGGGCCUGAUCCAGGCACUUCCUCUGCCCACUGGGGGCCCACCUUUGAUUUUUAUUAGUAAUGGCCAUGCCUCUAUUCACCUUAGAGCUAUUGCCAAAAAUCACCCUUCAGCCUCUUCUAGCCCUUUAGAGCUGAGUCUAUCCAUAGACGUAUGGAGGGAAGGCUGGGGCUCCGAGCCAGAUUCCAUGCCUCGCUCGGUCACAGCCCAGAGCCCCGGGGCUGCCUCCUUCAGUCCCGCAAGAAGCCCGCAGUCUCACUGACCAGGAAGAUAAGGACCAGCAGUGGGCAUGGCCUUCGUCCCUGUCUGUCUCAGCCCAGGAGAGGCAAGGCCACCAAUGGAGUCAAGAAGGAAGGUUAGAGGUGGUCUUGAGGGACAAAAUAAUUACAUCCCCAGGUGCAGAAGGUAGCUGGCACCUGCAGUGGUCCCCCCCUUUCAGCCAAGUGGCAGCGCCGCUGUUGCAGGGUGGGAGAGGCAGAAGGGUGAGGACGAAAGGACAGGAACGCGAAGGAUGAGGAACCGAGAACCAGGAGAGGGCUCGGAGCCCAGGAGAUGGGAGAGAAGGGCACUGCGGAGUCGGCCCGGACCGUGGAGCCACAGGCCCACUCUGCUGCUUCCCCAAGACUCUGAGUUCCCACCACCUACGGGGAUGGUUGGAGAAGGCUCAGACAAGGCUGGGCCCGGAGGCCGGUGGGGCUGAGGAAGCAAUGCGGGGUGCGGGGUGGAGGGAGCAUGAGGGCACAGGAGGUGAUGCAGGAUGUGGGAGAGGGCGACCGUGGGGCAGGAGCGGGCUGGGCAGAGGCACAGGGCGGUGCAGCAGCGGGAGGCGCAGGUAUCAGAUGGGUGAGAGGCAGGGGUUGAGGCCAUGGGGCCAGCGUGGCGAGUGGGGAUACACCCUAUGGGCCUGGUGGAGGCAGUGCGGGAGCGGGGCGUGCAGGGUGGAGCAGAACUGGGAGGGGUGCUGUGUCAUGUUGGGAGCGAGAUGCAUGGUGGCAAGACAAGGGCAGUUCCCAGGCCUGAUGGACAACAGGGAGAGCAGUGCAGGGAGCGAGCAGGGCAGGACAGCCCGGAGGAGACACGCGGGGAUGCUGACAGCUGGUGCAGUGGGGCCGGGGCGGUGCCCAGGCUCAGGGCAGACCCAGGUGCGGCCCAGUGCCUGGCCAGUGUUUCCGCUCCCCUCUGGUGAACCCCGCAUCCACGUGCCAGUUUGGGGUCUCACCUGGCUUCGGACGGGACAGGCCAUCAGAUCAGUGCCCACCCCUGCCAGGGACAGGAAGUAGGGCUUUACCCCUGCUCCUCCCCAGCUUCAGGUGUGGGGGAGGGGGAGUACCUGAAUUGUUUAAUGUUGAAAGUUCUUGGCCAAAUUUUGUAGAGCUUCAGAGAGAACUGGGAAGACCAAAUGUUUCACCCUAUGCUGUGGAGUAGACUGUCCUCUUAAAAAAACAAAACAGAAAACACUCCCCACGAUAAUGAGUGGUGUGGCCACCGCUCCCCUUUGGUUUCUGUGGGUGUGCACACCCCUCGCCAGCCCAGUGGCCUGACCAUUCAUUCCCUGGGAAGCACCAUCCUGGGAAAAAGUGUUUUCUCAGCAGUAGCCCCUCCUCGUAGUAUCAGGUCAAAGCAGCUCAACCAGCAGUUACUAGUGGCUGGUGUGGCCAGGCUCUGGACUAGGCACUGGGACACAGGACUCAAUCAGACUAACCCUGCACUUGAGAAGGUCACAGGGAAGAAAACAGACAAGGACACGAGGCGUUGGUAAUGGCCAGGGGAAAGACUUAAAAUGCUGAUGUCCCCAUCUCUAGGUCAGGAGCACAACCUUUCUGAGGUACCUGGAGCUUGAGCAGAGGAAGCGAGGCUGCUUCUGCAGGUGCCAGGGCAGGUGUGGGAGGGGGCGGGGGUCCGAGAAGGGGGCUUCCGGGGAAAGGAGGUACCUGAGAUGGGUCUUAGAAGAAAAUGAGCCAGAUUUUUCAGGGAAGGAUAGCAGCGCUGGGUCCAGUGGAGGAAGAAGGGAGGAGAGACUUGGAAAGUUUGGGGAACGGAAGACCUUGGGGAGUGUGGGCCCAGGCCUCCGUGUUCCCACAGGUGAAAUGGUAACAGUGGUAGUGGCCCACAGCGGGCAGGGCUUGCCAGUUUACUCUGCCCAGCCCUGUGUCCCUUUAAGGAUUCCCCAUGCAGAGUCUCAUGUGGCAGAGCUUUCAGCGGCCACCUCUGAGCCCCCAGCAGGUCACUGAUGGGCCCAGGUGUUGAUGCCCUCGGUCCCGGCCCCAACAGCCUCCUUUGCUGACCACUGGGUGCCCGCGUGUCAGCAUUUUCUGAAUGUGCCCUGGUGUGGAUUAAAGUGGUUGGAGUCUUCAGCGACUGUGUUCAGAUCUAACCUGCAAGGAGACCUCCCUCCACUUCUUGGUUCCUGGAACUCCCAGACUCUUAGGGCAGAGGCAGGGGCCGAGACAGAGACAGGAGGAAGCACACGUCAGGAGGGCACUGGCUCACAGCCCCAGCCCAGUGUGUAGUUCAUACCUGUCAGUUUUAAAAACUGACCCUUGGCCUGUCAGUGCGGCAAAGUCCACCUUUCCCGGCGGCCCGGCAAGACUGGGGACGCUUGCCCAGCAAUUAGCCCAGGGCUCAUCCUGCCCGGGGCUCCCCCCGGCAGCAGCCAUCCUUGCCCACACCCAGCCCCACGUCUGCAAGGCUCAGAGAGCAGAGCAGGGGCAGCGAGAGGAGGAGCGAGCGCUGCAGGGAGACGGGCUCCUGCGCACCUCGGUGUGCCCGCCUGUGACCGGAGCAGGUAGACAGGUGGGGAGUGUCUGAGGCCCCCCCCAUGUGGCGCGGCUCCACUGUUUUAAGGGAGAAGUCCCUGCUCUGUGACCUCUCUUCAGCGUCUGGAUCACCAGGGGUGGGCAGCCAGUGAACCUGGUCCCCUCCCCGGAUUAAGUUUGGUAACCUCCACAUUUAAACCGUUCACCUCUGCCCCGUUCAUAGGGCAGGAGCACAACCACUCCGAAGUGACGGGAGCAGGGGCUCAACUCAACCUGCCACGGGGCUAAGGCCUCAGGCCACUCGUGGACAACCAGCCCACCCCUGACCUACACCCUGUGAGUAACAGGGCUCCGGAAGCCAAGUGUAGCACAGGAGGGAGUGGCCCCUCCGUCCUCGUCUGCAACAUGGGGGGGACAAGGCUGCCCCGUGAGCGCUACAGCCCCUCCCUCGGGGCCGUGGUGCUGGGACGAUGAGCCCUUGGGGCCUGGGGCCAGAGAGGCCACCCGAGGGAGGAAUGUGCGUCCCGCUGGAGAUGCUGGCUGUCAUGUGAUAGUUGGUGGUGUGUGUUCUUGUGUGUGUGUUGGUUACCUGUGUCUUGAAAAUUAGUAUCAUUUACACGAAGUUACUGCUAUUGGUCAGGAAACAGGAAAUGGGCCAGGAGAAGUUCAGUGUUGGGUUCUUGCCCUGUUACCACCAUUUAAAAUUGACAUUUAAUUUUUCAAAUCACUGUUGGUGCCUAAUCAUUUAAGUUAUUAAUUUAUUAUUUUCUUUUUAAAAAUUUGUAACACGUAUUUAUCCUGUGGGUAGGUCUGGGGCGGGUGGGCACGCGCUCACAGGGGUCCUGUUGGUGCUGGGGUGACGCGCGGCGUGGCCGGGCACCGACAGGCCCCUCUUCACAGUGGCAUUGGAGCAGGACAACAAUAAAGUCCGUUAGACACGA